ACAGGAGCUCAUCUACCUUCAGUCCAGUAAAGAGGAAACAUCACAGCUCACCAUGUUCACUGUUCUUUCCCUUCUUCUACUGACAGCAGCACACAGUGCGACGGCUCGGAUUCACUCUAUGAGGUAUUUCACCACUGCGUCGUCUCAAGUCCCAAACUUUCCAGAGUUAGUGGUUGUUGGUUUGGUCGAUGAAGUUCAGAUCGAUUACUAUGACAGCAACACAAAGAAACUCGAACCCAAACAGGACUGGAUGUUAAAGGAAACUGAUUCACUGUACUGGAAGAGGCAGACUCAGAUUGCUUUGAGGUCACAGGAGGUCUACAAACACAACAUUGAAACCGCAAAGAAACGCUUCAACCAAACUGGAGGUCUUCACAUAGUCCAGUGGAUGCAGGGAUGUGAAUGGGACGAUGAGACUGGAGAAGUUAACGGUUAUGAUCAGUAUGGUUAUAAUGGAGAAGACUUCAUAUCAUGGGACAUGGAGACAGAGACGUGGAUCGCUCCGACACCACAGAGUGUCAUCACCAAACUGAAGUGGGAUCAGGAUAAAGCUCUACUCGCAUAUAUUAAGAACUACCUCCUCCAGGAGUGUCCUUCCUUUCUGAAGAAGAUACUGGAGCACGGGAGGAGCUCUCUGCUGAGAACAGAGCUUCCCAGGAUCUCUCUCCUCCAGAAGUCUCCCUCCUCUCCAGUCACCUGCCUCGCUACAGGUUUCUACCCCGACAGCGCCAUGUUGUUCUGGAGGAAAGACGGGGAGGAUCUUCAUGAGGACGUGUACCGUGGAGAGGUUCUCCCCAACCAUGACGGGACCUUCCAGAUGAGCGCUGAGCUGAAGGUUUCCUCCAUCUCCCCUGAAGACUGGAGGAGGUACGAAUGUGUGUUCCAGAUCUCUGGUGUGAAGGAGGACAUCGUCACCAAACUGGACGAAGACUCAGUCGAGUCCAACAGAGCGAAGCCCAUCAGCGUGACCACCAUCAUCAUCAUCAUCAUCGCUGCAGUGGUCGCUCUCGCUGGCGUCAGCGCUGUCAUUGGAUUCAUCGUGUACAGGUGGAAGAAAGCCCAAAGUACUUCACCUGCUGGUACAGAUCCAGUUGUCUUAGAGCCGCUUAGACCAGGUGAUGGAGGUUCUAAUUCUCCAAGUGAGACGUCCUCCUGAACACAGUUUAAGGACAAGAAGCAGUGUCACCACAGUCUUGCCCUUACGCUGGGAAUUCAUUGAUUAUUCAUCACUCAAAUCAUAAACUGAUAUUCAGAGUCAGACAUUGAUUGUAUGUACAAAAUUAGUUUUCCAGAUGUGUAAAUAUUCAGAUUUUAUUUUAUUUCUAAUUUGGCCUGAACACGAAUAGAAUUAAUUUAGAGUCGCUUGUUUUUUUUGUUUGGUUAUAUUCAUCCGUAGCUGUGUUCUUAACCUUUAAAGUUCAAUUUAGUGGAGAUUAUAAAAGGGUUGUGAGAUGUUUUAAGUAUCUCAUAUGAAAUGUUCUGUUAAUAUUUCCUGUUAGUUUUUAGGGAGAAGGGACUUUUCUGUUUUAGCCUUGUUAACAUUUACACUACAAAGGAUUCAAGCAGUUUAUUCCACAUGCAGACGUGAAAUUGAUCACCCUGAGCAGUGAUGUUCUCCAUAUGAACAUUUGAAUACAUUGAUAUCGUCCUGUUGACGACUCACACACUUACUCACGUACUCACUCAGUCACUCAGUCACAUUCACUCACUCAGUGUUUGUUCUGUCACACGUCAAUCACACACAUUGUCCACGAAGCUGUCAGGGGUAGUUUAAUCUGUCUGAUUCUUCCUUAUGGACACUUGGGCAUGUGGACUGGAGCCGCUGGGGAUCGAACCUGUGCUCCUCUGGUUAGUGGACGAUCCGGUCUACCUCCUGAGCCACAGCCACCAAAACAUGCAGCUGCAGAACCAGAAUUUCCUUCCAGUAUUGAACCUAAACACUCACCUUCAUGACGUUAGGACACGUUUCCCCUGAUGAGACAUGAGACGUGUCAUAUCACAAACGUUCCAUUUUGUGUUUUGCCAACUUAACUUCAGCAACUUUACAAAUUUAAC